UGCGCAGAUCAGAGGCCCAUUCACCGCCGCGAGGCCCUGAGAAGAGAAAGAAGGCGAAGAGGAAGCAAGAUGGCGCUGACCAGUUUUUUGCCAGCACCGACUCAGCUGUCUCAGGACCAGUUAGAAUUAGAGGAAAGGGCAAGAUCUCAAAGGGUGAGACAGGCUGCACUGGUAUCGUCACGAAGGGAGCCUCCCCCUUAUGGUUAUCGAAAAGGAUGGAUACCACGAAUGUUGGAGGAUUUUGGAGAUGGAGGUGCUUUCCCAGAAAUCCAUGUUGCUCAGUAUCCCCUGGAUAUGGGUCGAAAAAAGAAAAUGUCCAAUGCAUUAGCUGUUCAGGUGGAUGCAGAAGGAAAAAUAAAAUACGAUGCUAUAGCUCGGCAGGGACAGUCAAAAGACAAGGUCAUUUACAGCAAAUACACAGACCUUGUUCCAAAGGAAGUUAUGAAUGUGGAUGACCCUGAGCUGCAAAGGCCUGAUGACGAAGCUGUCAGAGAGCUUACAGAAAAGACUCGAUCAGCCUUAGAAAAAUCUGUCUCCCAGAAAAUUGCAGCAGCCAUGCCAGUCCGAGCAGCUGAUAAACUAGCUCCAGCUCAGUAUAUCCGAUAUACACCAUCACAACAGGGCGUGGCCUUCAACUCUGGUGCAAAACAGAGAGUUAUUAGAAUGGUGGAAAUGCAGAAGGAUCCCAUGGAACCGCCAAGAUUCAAGAUUAACAAGAAAAUCCCUCGUGGUCCACCAUCUCCCCCAGCUCCUGUAAUGCACUCUCCUAGCAGAAAGAUGACCGUGAAGGAGCAACAAGAAUGGAAGAUUCCUCCUUGUAUUUCAAACUGGAAAAAUGCAAAGGGUUACACCAUUCCGUUAGACAAACGUCUGGCUGCAGAUGGCAGAGGACUGCAGACUGUUCACAUUAAUGAAAACUUUGCCAAGUUGGCUGAAGCUCUCUACAUUGCUGACAGAAAGGCUCGUGAAGCUGUAGAGAUGCGAGCCCAGGUGGAAAGGAAGAUGGCCCAGAAAGAAAAAGAGAAACAUGAAGAAAAACUCCGUGAAAUGGCCCAGAAAGCCAGGGAGCGAAGAGCUGGAAUCAAAACCCAUGUGGAGAAGGAGGAUGGAGAAGCUAGAGAACGUGAUGAAAUCAGACAUGACAGACGCAAAGACAGACAACAUGACCGGAAUCUUUCCAGAGCAGCCCCUGACAAGAGAUCAAAGUUGCAAAGGAAUGAGAACCGAGAUAUUAGUGAAGUCAUUGCCUUGGGUGUUCCCAAUCCCCGGACAUCCAAUGAGGUCCAGUAUGAUCAGAGGCUCUUCAACCAGAGUAAGGGCAUGGACAGUGGCUUCGCUGGAGGAGAAGAUGAAAUUUACAACGUCUAUGAUCAGCCUUGGAGAAGUGGUAAAGACAUGGCUCAGAACAUCUACAGACCCAGUAAAAAUGUGGAUAAGGACAUGUAUGGUGAUGAUUUGGAGGCACGAAUAAAAUCUAAUGUUUGUUUCUUGUCUACUACAGGUUUGUUCCUGAUAAGGAAUUUUCUGGCUCAGACCGCAGACAAAGAGGUAGAGAAGGACCAGUUCAGUUUGAGGAGGAUCCUUUUGGUCUCGACAAAUUCUUGGAGGAAGCCAAACAGCAUGGGGGCUCAAAAAGGCCUUCUGACAGUAACCGUCCUAAAGAACAUGAGCACGAAGGCAAGAAGAGAAGGAAAGAGUAAGGGCUUGUUCUUCUGGAUAAUAAGACUGCAUUCAAAAUUAAAACAUUUUAAAGCAGGCUAUAGGGGAGUAGUCUUAACCCAUUGACAGCCCUGUAUUGUGGAUCCAAAUCAUCAGUUUUCUAAUGACACUUUACACAAAAACAAUGAAGAGGAAAAAUUGGACCACUCCAUUACACAUUCUGGACUCUAGCUCUGCCAUUCCCUGUUUUACAGAGAAUAUAUUCCCUAAUAUUGAGUUCUUGGAUAAAACUGCUUAUUCCAUCAGAUUAUGCUCCCUAUGUACAUAGCUUACUCUAAUGUACUUGUAAGGGGGGAAAGUGUUGUAAUUUGCUGUUACUCUGCUGUGACUGUAUAGUUCAUUUUGACAAAACAAGCUGAAGUCAUUGGAGAAGAAUACAUAUCCAUAAGUUUAUUUUAGGUUCUUUAAUGACAGUGAAAUAAAGUCUCCUUCCUUCAACUGUUGUCAGCAGUUGUUCUGAGUGAAUGUUGCUGUAGAAAACUUCUGCUUUGCUGCUGUUUAACUUCAAUCUGAAAAAAUAAGACACACAAAAUAGAUAGUAGUAAGAAAAACAAGCUUAAUCAUUUUUAGAUAGGUAGCUUUGUUGGUACAACAGCAGGACUUGAGACCAGCGGCACUUUAGAAACCCAACAAUAUUUUCCAAGUGUAAACUUUCAAGAGUCGAAGCUCCCUACAGCUUGAACACCUUGUUUGUCUUUAGGGUGCCACUGAAUUCUAAUCAAGCUCAGAUAUUAAAAUUCUAGUCUGUGCUCAUAGCUACCAAAAUGAAGAUUUAGCAGUAAUUUCUACAAGACCAAAAUUUUACACUUAAGCUCUCUUUAUCUGCUGUAGUAGUUUAAGACACACAAAGCAGCCUACAGGAAUUAGUAUUACUCUGUGGUUUACCCACAACUACAUCCAGUAUCUUGUAUGGGUUUUUUAAUACUUCCUUCAGUAAGGUGCGUAUAGCAAUUGUGAUGUCCAGGAAGUGCAAUUUGGCCAGUAAGAUGUCAUUACAGCAGUAUAUAUGUGGUCCGCCUCUCAUACAAUAAAUGUUUAGUUAAAGGGAAGUGACAUUGUUUGAAAACUACUUUGUUACCACAUUUCUGAAAGCCGCCUUGUAUUAAAGCUUAUUUCAAGCCCUAUAAAAA